UAGACACGUUUACACCCGGAGAUUUAUCAUCGGUACGGCCUACUGUCUUGAGUGAGAAGUAAUUACUAUAGAAUCCAGCCAUGAUAUUUUUACCGCCUACAUGAAAAUUUAUUGAAAAAGCUCAAUAUCACGCGAAUACGGCCUGGCGUCAACGCAGGGCCUUAGAUUGGAGGAAGCUUUUGUUAAAGAUGUCUAAAGACUAAACCUUCAAAAGAAAAGAGAUUAUCAGCUUUCCAAUUUAUAAAACCGCUAUGUAAACGGAUUUACAGAUGAGCGACCAACUCAACUCCGCCCCGAUGUUAAACGACUCCUUCACUGCAAAAGGCGCUUUGCGCGCGAGCCUGCGUUACACGGCCGAGGAUGACCAGUGGCAGACCUCAAUGUGCAGCCUGCGCGAGCGCAACAAGCACAUGUUCAAUAAUGAGCUAUUCAGCGAUGUCCGAUUCUUGGUGGGGCGGUCGGCCAAGCAGUCCAUACCGGCCCAUAAGUACAUCAUGUCAAUUAGCAGUCCUGUGUUCUCGUCCAUGUUCUUCGCCUUUGGAGCGUUACAGGCGGAGCAGCUAACACGUGAGCAGAUCGAGAUCUCCGAGUGUGAACCGGCCGCAUUUCUGGAGCUUCUUCGGUACUUAUAUUACGACGAAGUACAGCUGACAACCAUUACAGCACCGGAGGUACUUUACCUGGCUCGCAAAUACCUAAUUCCACACCUGGCCGAUAUCUGCACCGAUUUCCUUGUCACAAAUCUAACGGUGGACAACUCCUUAACUGUCCUAGACCAGUGUUGUAUGCUGGGAGUCGGCAAGGGUCUCGAGAAACAAUGCUGGGACAUUGUGGACAAACGGGCCGAGAAUAUAGCCGAUGAUGUCACGUUUGUGGAAAUCGACCACGGAACACUGACUGCCUUUCUAUGCCGUGACACUCUUGUUGCCAAGGAGACGACAUUGUUUAACGCCGCGGUACGCUGGGCUGGCAAAGAAUGCCAGCGAUUGAAGCUGCCGCUGACCGCUGAAGCCAGACGGCAGGUUCUCGGGGAUACGUUUUACUCCAUCCGAUUCCCGCUGAUGUCAAUGAAAGAUUUUACGGAUCAAGUUGCUCGGUCGGGCUAUCUGACGUACGAAGAAGUCGCGAAUAUGUAUAUCGGAUUUAACUCGGGAUUUCAGAAAUGCCAUGUAAAGUUUCCAAUCAGGCCCCGUGGGACGUCUAAGGUAUCUAAGGAAAAAGAGUCAGGAUCAAGCCAUGACGAUUCGCCGCUGUACAGGUGCAAAAGGUAUAUCGGUUUCCCAGAGCUGCGCAGGCGUGAGGUGGAUGAUGGUGUCGACGAAGAAGAAUUGUCUGAGCUUCUGCUCACCGUGGAUUAUCCGGUGAUUCUUGCUGGUGUCAGCUUUUUCUCUGUCAAAGUCGACAAUGAAAGCGAAGAGGAGUACAGAGUUAACGUCAUCUUGACCGAUAAAUCCGGACAAAAAGUGUCCGAGUUUGAAGGCCACCUCAAGUGCACUGAUGAAGACGGCAUACAAGACGUACUGCUAUCACCUAGAGCGCGCCUGACCAGCGGCGAUACGUACACCAUAAGUGUACGCACGGAGAUCCCAACUCGUAUCCAUGGUAACCCUUUGACGCGUGACGUCACUUGCGAGGGAGUAAAGUUUAGUUUUUGUGAUGGAAAUGGAAGUGAAGCAAGAAUUGAAAAUUCAAAUUCGGAAAAUAACAAUCAGAUUGCUGGAGUAAUUUUCUGCUUUCCAAAAAAAUAAUUGAAGCUGCUUGAGAAAAAUAAACUCUGCGAGUACACGAAGAUACGGAGACAGACACAAAUGUGAUAAUUUAAAGAUUGUCUUUUUGGGUUGAAUUAUGUACCUUUGCAUGUAAUAUAUUCAUACAUAUAAUAUGUUUACCAAGGUGGUUAUACGCAGAAAGUAUACACAGAUCUUCAUAUCUUCAAUUCUUUAAUCCUAUACCCAGCAUUUUCUAUGUGAAGCCUGGUUUGACGGAAUAUACAUAUGUCUGAUACGUGUGUAUUAAUAAUACAGGACGCCCGUAUACUUGUUCUAGAUUCAUGGAACAUGUGUAGGAGACUUUACCCUGUUCAAAUGUUUUUAAACAUUAAAAUAUUCUAUCGGUUUUUAAGGAGGCUUGCGUUAGUAAUUCUUUAUAGCAUUUUUUUUUCAAUUUGACUUUUUUUUGACAAAUUGAAGGAUAACGCAAUGUUGCCCGAAGCAAAGGGAGAAAAUUGAGUAUGCGGACAAAAAAGUUUACAUGGUCAUUUAAGACUUGCCAGUGAUCCCCAUCAUGCCUAAGUCAUGUCUCUCCGCAAAUUUAAAGAAAAAACAUAAGUUAUUUUUGGAAAUAUAUUGUAAACUUCACAAACUACUGGUCUGAAUAACCUUAAAUCGGUUACCGAUAAAUAAAAAUAAAACAGUAGCCCAUUAAAAAUGGAUGAUUAAAUAUAAUCAUCUGAAAACAUAAAUGAAAUCGGAUGAGAUUUGAGACUUCUAAACGUUUAAAAAAGAAUGAGCUGAACUGAACUGAACUCGAGCCCGGUCAGUAAACGAGUGAAGCUCGAGCCUCUGUCGUACCCAGGGGUAGGGUUUGCUUGUUGCGUAGUAGGAAUCCAUUUUCAAGAUAUUAAAAUUUUAAUUCCAUGACACAGGCUUUGUACCCUGGUUCCAGAGCCUCGUGCGUCUCUCUAUUCAGUGACCGAACUGUGGACAUUGAGAGAGAGCCCUUCUUGGUUCCGAUGGACCGGCCUUCAAGGAAUGGCAACUCCAAGCGCUUCCAUAGAACACAUUCCAAGUGCAACCAGCAUGCAAAUAGCUUUUUCCCGUGGUCUAUAAAAUUUUGGAACAAUUUACCAGGUUCAAUUACCGACAUAAAAGAAAAGGGCAAAUUCAAAGAGAAGCUUCAGCAGCAUUUAAUUGAUAAUGGCCAGUGGUUCUAGUAUUCAAGUUAUAAAUUAAUUAAGCUAAAUUAUUUAAUUGAAUUACUUUAUUGAAAAUUAUUUUAUAAAUUUAUUUUACAAAUUAUGAAUAUAUUGUAUAAGUUAUGUAAAUUAUUACAGAUCUGUAUAUUUUUACCUUGUAUUUAUUUAUACUGAUGUGAUACCGACAUGGUUUUAUCAGUUAAUAAAGUAGAAGUAGAAGUA